AUUCAUUUUCCGUUGUGUGUGUAAAGAUGCAGUUAACUCCACAACAAUUGAAGGGACUGGAUCUGCCUUGUGCCUCUGGAAAAGACUUGUCCAUUCUCUAUCGAAAGAUAUUGUCGCCCUUAUAUGAUGUUGAAGUCGAAAAGAUUCCUUCUUGGAUUGCUCCCAACUUACUUACUUUAUCAGGGUUGAUGUGUACUUUGUCCAAUACAGUUAUGAUGCUCUACUAUUCCCCCGACCUUGUCUCCGAGGCACCAAAGAGAGUAUACUUAUCGGCAGCCUUUGCUACUUUCUUAUAUAUGAUGUUCGAUAACUUGGAUGGUAGGCAAGCAAGACGCACAAACAGUUCUAGUCCUCUAGGACACUUAUUUGAUCACGGCUGUGAUGCUCUAAACGUGACCAUAUUGGGACUAGCAGUGGCUGCUACUUUGAGAUUGGGAAGAUCCUUUGCAACUUUGUUUCUCGUCUGGUCUCUUGGAAUGAUUCCUUUCUUUUUUGCCACUUUAGAAGAAUUCUUUUGUGGUUCUCUUACCUUGAGACUGAUAAAUGGAGCUAACGAAGGUUUGAUGGGCAUCAUCUUUAUUUUUAUUGCCACUUGUUUAUUUGGUCCUUCUUUGUGGUUUCAGCCCUUAAACUUGUUGGGUAUUCGUUUGUCUCUUCAGCAUUGGAUUCUUUGUUUGUCAUUCCCUUUGACUAUUCCUACAGUCCUUUUCUCUUGCUAUGCAAUCUGGCGUCAUCCUAUGAGAACAACUAUCAUUUAUCGGUAUCCUUUUCUUCAGUCUUGUUGGAUAACUUUUGCAACUUUUGGACUCUAUUCUUUGGCUGCUUUUUGUUGGGCGUAUUUAGCAAAACCAGUCUUUAUGGGUCACUUUUUAUUAUACAUGGCAACUAUCGGAUUGCUAUUUUUUAGGAAUAUGUUUUAUUUUAUAAUCUCACAUUUAACACAUACUUCAUUUCCUACUUUCACGUUCUUGAUACUCCAUUUGACGUGGUUGAUGAUAAUAUAUCUUUCCCAUUAUAUUACUUUUCGAGGUUAUCCUUAUACUCAUGCUUUAACUCUUCAUCUUUACUUUCUUUACCAUCUCAUUCUUGUCUCUUAUGAAGUCAUUCAAGUUGUGAGACAAAUGAGCAAUCAUUUGGGUAUUUACUGCUUCCGGUUGGGAAAAAGGAAUUCCGACAGGAACAUGAAACAUGUUGCCAACAAAAGACGAUAAGGAUUAGUUUUCAUACAUCUUGGGAUGACUAGCCGAUCCAAGAUAAAAACUCUCUCAAAUAU